AACCCUAUAACGAAGAAGAGCUUCAGGAGAUGGCUGUAACUCCAGACGAAGAUGAGGUUUCGUUAGCACUGUUACUACUACAACAAUACCCUGUUUCCUUUGAGCAAGAAGAAGAAGAAGAAGAAGAAGAAUCCGUAAGUGAGGAUGAGUUGGAAGUGAAAAUUUCUAACCAAACAUAUGCAAAUAAGGGUAAGAAGAGAAAAGUCGCGGAGGUAGACAAUUCCAAAGAAACCCUAUUGCGCAUGAUCGAUUGGGAGGCCAAUAGGCCGAAAAAUCCUCCGAGAAGGAUCUUUGUCCGUGAUCCAGAUGCGAUGGGAGCUUGCAGCGAAGCGAUGUGGAAGCAGUUGACGGGUAGCGACGUGAAGGAAAAUCAAUGCAGGCUCAUGUUAGGGAAGGAGCAGGUGAAAAAGAUGAUGGUUGAUGUUCUUGGAAAAACAGAGAAACUUGGGAUUCAUGGGCAAAAGGUCUCGGUGUAUGGACCAAAGGGAGAGAUUCAUGAGAUGGUUUUCAAGAUGUGGAAGAAGGACACACCUGUUUUGAUAAGUGUUGGAUGGAAGAAUUUCGUGAAGAAAUAUAAGCUCGAGAAGCAUGUUGAUUUUCUCACUAUUUGGAUGUUUAGGCACAAAGAGACUCGGAAGAUUUGCUUCGCUAUUGAUUCCACUAGGAUUCCUGUAAAGGGUAUGCUGAGUCCAAAGAUCUUGAACGCAGCCUUCAAGAAUCCAUCAUAGGGGUUUUAUGUGCGUGUUCUAUCGAAACGAUUGGUGGCGUUUACCACAAGAACAGUUCCAUCUUAGUGUUCCGAAGGAAGCGUGUAUAAGAAGCUACCGCUGCUGUUUCACUCUGUUUCUUGUGACUUAGCUAGAGUAUCGUGUAGUUUUGUCCAAAUUGAUUGUCUCGGAAGUUUUGUGGAACUGAACCUAAAAGAAACCUUGAAAUUUUCU